CUCCAAGCCGGGUUCGAAAUUUAUCAUUUUCCGUUUUUCACAUAGCCCGAGGCUCGGACUCCCCGAACCAACCCCUAUUUCAGGCCAGGUCAGCAGCAAUAGUAUUAAAAUGUGUAACGGAAACGUAGACAGAGAUCAUGAUAUGCCUGAGACGAUUGAUCAAUCUCCGCGAGACACCCAGAGAGAGAUUGAGCAAUUAAUUAAUUCUCACAACCAAAUUCACCGCCGUCCGGAAAUCAUGGGGAUGAUAUGCCGGAGAAGAUUGAUCAAUCUUCUCCGGCAUAUCAUCUCCCAUGAUCACCGUCUACGUUUCCGUUUCACAUUUUAAUUAAAUAAAUACUUAGCAAACGCGUACACAUGCAGAGGAUGGUAAGGUAGUUAGCUUUCAUUGAAAGAUCUCUGUGAGAAGGAAGUUCAUUACUGUCUUUGGUUCACUGUUUUUUUUUUCUCGAAACUUCCCCGGAGAUGUCGUCGUCGUCGUCGGCUCUCAGAGACGUGGAUCCGUUGCUGAAGGAUCUGAAUGAGAAGAAGCAGAAUUUCCGGCGGAACGUGGUAUCGCUGGCGGCGGAGCUCAAUGAUAUGCGCAUCCAACUUCAGUCUAAAGAGCAGAGCUUCGCACGGGAAACCCUAACACGGCAGGAAGCGGAGAACAAGGCAAACAAAAUGGAGGAAGAAUUAAACAGGUUGCAUAAGAUCGUGGAGGAGAAAGAUUUGCAGCUUGAAGCUUCAACAUCCACCGUUGAGAAGUAUCUCUCGGAUGUAGAUGAUCUUAAAUCUAAAAUUUCAGCUACUCAGGCAUCUGCAGAUGCUAGUGCUGCAGCUGCACAAGCGGUGCAACUUCAGUGUUUCGAACUUAUAAAGGAACAUGAAGAUUGCUUAAAUAGACUGGGAGAGCAAUUAGAUCUGUUACAGAAGGAUCCUCGAGUGAGGGAAGGUUCCCAAAUGCAACUGAAAGAUGAAGUCUCGAGGAUUGAAAAUCAUUUCAGACAAGAGUUGGCCCAGAUGCGAGAUGAAUUAAAGUUCAUGUCCAGUCUUUGGAGCCUAAAAACUCAGGAGUUGGUAUCUCAGUUAGAGAAGUGUCGAAGAGCAGAUCAGCAGAUGAAGCUAAAAACAAAGAUGUUGGAAUCUCAGUUAGAAAAGCACCGAGGCCAGGCCAGCAGUUGAAGCUAAAAGCCAAGCAGUUGGAAUCUCAGUUGGAAAAGCAUCAGAUAGCUGAACAGCAGUUGAAAAAGAGGGUGUUAGAUUUGGAGUUCUGUCUCCACAAGAUGGGUGGACAGCAUGAAGCUCUCAAGGAAAUCAGAGAUCAAUUGGCAAGUAAAAAUGGUGGACAGUCAAGCAAUGAGAAUAAGAUUUUCUGGGACAAUUCAGGGUUCAAGAUUGUGGUUUCCAUUUCAAUGGUGGUAUUGGUACUGUUUACAAAGAGAUAGGGGUUUUGUUAAGGUUUAUAGAGGCAGCAGAUAAGCUAGCUAGGUUUCAAAGCGACUGAAGUUGAGGUAAUGACUGAAGUGUCAUUCUAAGUGGAUCCUCCUAUUAUGAUUAUGAAUUCAUGCGGUGAUAUAUGUAUCUAGUACUUGUGUUUGUGUGUGUGUGAGAGAUGUUAAAUUGACAUUUUUGCACUUAAAAAUAAG